UUGAAUCAAUUCUGUAUAUUUUUUACUAAAAAGAAAGAGGUACAAGUUACAAGGCAGAAUAAUUCUAGUGAAGUGGACUUGAAGAAACGAAGCUCCACUUACUCAUCUUCUUUUGUUUCCACUUUUUAAGCUCUUUUAUAGUCUCUCAUUCAUCAAACACACUCCUACAAACAUACAUUCGAUCGAUAAUAGUGUUGAAACUGACAAUAAACGAUAUGGAAGAAUCAGAAGGAGUGACCACAAUGAUGGGAAAGGCGGAGAUCGAUACGAGUGCUCCAUUUCGUUCGGUUAAGGAGGCAGUCAUGUUGUUCGGAGAAAGAGUUCUUGCUGGAGAACUCUACUCUGCUAAUAAGCUUAAACAGAAACAGGAUGGAUCGAGUCAUGAAGACGAAAGCGACGACUCGUUUAAUGAUGAGUUAAUUGAGACAAAGCAAAGACUAGAAAGGGCAAGAGAAGAAAGAUUGGUAAUGGCUACAUGUCUCUCUUCUUUAGAAGAAGAACUUGAACGCACAAGAAAUGAGCUUAAUAACCUAAAAUUUGAGCAACAAAAAGUCAUGGUAUCAGAAAUUGAAGACCUAAAAUAUAUAGAGAAAUCACAAAUUAUGUCACAUGAUCAAAAUAAUAUUGAGUUUCACAAAAAAAGAUAUGUCACAUUUGCAAAUCCUUCACAAGGUGAUGAUCAUGAUCAUGUUGUAUUAUUACAAAACCAUCCUUCAAUCAACAAGAAGAAAAAGAAAAAAAUAUCCCUAAUCAUACCAUUGAUUGGGGGAAUUUUUUCUAGGAAAAGAGGUAGUAAUUCGGAUAAUAACAUUCAAUCUGCUCGAGUUUAAAUCGAAUAAAAAGACAUCUCAAGGCUUGCGUUCCGUUUGAAUUUUCCAAUGGUUUUUUGCUUGAAAUCAAAGUGUGAAAAGUAAGGUUGGUUAAUAUGCAUAUUUGAUUUCUUUGUUUACAAUUUUCAAUAAGAGAUAUACUAUAAAUUAUGAUAUGUAAUUCCUUUUGCUUCUUGUAAUAAUAUUUAAAAAAAUCUCUAAUGAGUUUUACAAAAAA